AUGGUGUUGAAUGGAAUUAUAACGUUUUCAUCGAUAUUUUUGUUCCUUUUCCAAGGUGUAACAAGCUUACGCGACGUAAAACUGUUAGUGGAGCCCUCAAUAGUCAUCAAAGGUGGAACAGCCGCGCUCAUCUGCUCGAGGGAUAUGCAAGGAGCUCCGCUGUACUCCGUGAAGUGGUACCGCGGGAACCACGAGUUCUUCAGGUAUACGCCGAUGGAGGAACCUGAUACCAGGGUAUUUGGACUACCUGGUAUCUAUGUUGAUAUGAAUCGUUCGAAUGGAACACAGGUAUUGCUACGGCGCUUAGAGCUGGGCCUCUCAGGGAACUUCAGCUGCGAAGUCACCGCUGACGCACCGUCCUUCGCCACGCAAAUCACCACAAAAUUUAUCGACGUUAUAGCACUACCAACAUUGCUACCGGUGCUCGUGACAGACAAAGAUCGUUACCAACCCGGCGCUAUGCUGCACGCGAACUGCACUUCACCACCUGCCAGACCUGCUGCGAAUCUGACUAUAUUUAUCAAUGAAGAACCGAUAAGAGCAUCAGAAACAAGUCUUCAACCAUUCGAAAACGGUCUCCUAACAGCCAAAGUGGGUGUAGACGUGAAGAUAACACCAGAACUCUUCCCCGGCGGAAGGCUGAGAGUCGCCUGCUACGCUACAGUGUACGAUGUUUACAACCAGUCCGCUAAACUUGAUUUCCUAACUCCAGAGACCGACCCCAGACCUGAAAGAAUAACUCUCGGAGGCGGAACAUCCAAAUGUGUCCUCAAUUGGUUUCUACUGCUCCUUCUGUUCUUCUUACCGAUGCUGGCAAUGGGCGAAGAUUAUGGACUUCUCAGCGAGGACUUCCUAGAUAUACCCUUCACAUACUACGAUGAAGAGAGUGAACAAAAUGCCAUCAUCUCUCUCGUUGGAGGGUGAACCUGGAAUUUACUAGACUAGUUAGUUAAUAUGAAAUACGAAUUUUGUCCGUGAAGAAGUGAAUCCAAUGUGUUGAUAUAACUAAAUGUACUUAAGAUAUACUUCAGGUCAUCCUUCUUUUCUAUUAUUCUCUGUGAGUGUGUUUUCACUCAAUGAAGUGGAGUGGAGACG